GAGGGUGGCGUGUGCGGUCAGGAGGCCAGAGCUUCGGGCGAUCCGGGCUGCGCCUCCGCUGAGGGGCCGGCGGUAUGAGCCGGGAUCUGCGGGGCUGAGGGACCCCCAGGAGCGGCGAGGCUCACGGCCCGAAGCCGCGUUCCUGACGCACAGUUCCGGAGCCCCCGCCCCAAAGUCCCCUCGGGAUCGCGCGUCCUGGGAGACCGCGUCCUGCGUUCUUCAGUUCCCGUGCCGCGUUCCCUGAACCAACUCUGAACAUGGCUCCAGAAAGAGGACCCGAUAGAAGGAACAUGACAUCUAGAGGCAGCAGACUUGUUUCAGAUUCAUGCCUUAUCAUUUCUUAAUUUUGUGUAUUGGGAGCAUCUCUGCAAGAUGUCAGCACUAAGGAUUUGGCUAAUGCAAGCUUUGCUUAUUUUCCUCACCACUAAAUCUAUAGGUCAGCUUGUGGAACCGUGUGGUUACAUCUACCCUGAGUUUCCAGUUGUCCAGCGUGGCUCUAACUUCACUGCCAUUUGUGUGCUAAAGGAGAAGUGUCUGCACCAGUACUUGGUAAAUGCCAGUUACAUCGUGUGGAAGACAAACCAUGUUGCUGUUCCCAAGGAGCAGGUCACUGUCAUCAACAGAACCACGUCCAGUGUCACGUUCACGGACAUGACCCUCCAGAACGUCCAGCUCACAUGCAAUAUCCUGUCCUUUGGGCAGAUCGAGCAGAAUGUGUAUGGAACCACCAUACUUUCAGGCUUUCCUCCAGAUAUACCUACAAAUUUGAGUUGCAUUGUGAAUGAGGGGAAGAACAUGCAGUGUCACUGGGACCCAGGAAGGGAGACGUACCUAGAAACAAACUACACUUUGAAAUCAGAGUGGGCAACGGAGAAGUUUCCUGAUUGUCAAACAAAACAUGGCACCUCAUGCAUAGUCAGCUACAGACCCAUCUAUUUUGUCAACAUGGAAGUCUGGGUGGAAGCGGAAAACGCCCUUGGGAAGGCCUCCUCAGAGUCUGUCAAUUUCGACCCUGUGGAUAAAGUGAAACCCAGCCCACCACAUAAUUUAUCAGUGACCAACUCAGAAGAAUUAUCCAGUAUAUUAAAGCUAUCAUGGGUCAAUUCAGGUUUGGGUGGUGAUUUAAGGCUGAAGUCUGACAUCCAAUAUAGGACCAAAGAUGCCUCAACUUGGAUUCAGGUUCCUCUUGAAGAUACAGUGUCUCCCCGAACUUCGUUCACUGUGCAGGACCUUAAGCCUUUCACAGAAUAUGUGUUUAGGAUCCGGUCCAUUAAGGAGGAUGGGCGGGGCUACUGGAGUGACUGGAGUGAGGAGGCGAGUGGGACCACGUACGAAGACAGACCAUCCAAACCACCAAGUUUCUGGUAUAAGAUAAAUCCAUCCCAUACACAGGAAUAUAGAUCUGCACGGCUCAUAUGGAAGGCAUUACCUCUUUCUGACGCCAAUGGGAAAAUCUUGGAUUAUGAAGUGAUUCUUACACAGUCCAAGUCCAUUUCACAGAUGUACACAGUUACUGGGACAGAGCUGGUAGUAAAUCUCACCAACAAUCGCUAUGUAGCGUCUCUGGCAGCGAGAAAUGUAGUCGGCAAAUCAGCUGCAGCUGUCCUCACCAUCCCCGGCUCCCACUUCAGAGCUUCUCACCCUGUAGUGGAUCUUAAAGCAUUUCCAAAAGAUAAUCUGCUCUGGGUAGAAUGGACGCCUCCAUCUAAAUCUGUGAACAAAUACAUCAUAGAGUGGUGUGUGUUGUCAGAGAACUCACCCUGUAUCCCAGACUGGCAGCAAGAAGAUGCCACUGUGAAUCGGACCCACUUGAGAGGAAGCCUACUGGAGAGCAAGUGCUAUCUAAUCACAGUAACCCCAGUGUUUACCUCUGGGCCUGGCAGCCCCGAGUCCAUGAAGGCAUACCUCAAACAAUCAGCUCCUUCUAGAGGACCGACUGUUCGGACAAAGAAAGUGGGGAAAAAUGAAGCUGUCUUAGAGUGGGACCAGCUUCCUGUGGAUGACCAGAACGGAUUUAUUAGAAACUACUCCAUAUCUUAUAGAACCAGUGUUGGAAAGGAAACGGUUGUGCAUGUGGACUCUUCUCACACAGAAUACACACUGUCCUCUUUGAGUAGUGACACUCUGUACAUGGUCCGAAUGGCAGCCUAUACGGAUGAAGGAGGGAAGGAUGGGCCGGAAUUCACUUUCACAACACCAAAGUUCGCUCAAGGAGAAAUAGAAGCCAUAGUCGUGCCUGUGUGCUUAGCAUUCCUCCUGACAACUCUGCUGGGAGUCUUGUUCUGCUUUAAUAAACGAGACCUAAUUAAAAAACACAUCUGGCCUAAUGUUCCAGAUCCUUCAAAGAGCCAUAUUGCCCAGUGGUCACCUCACACCCCUCCAAGGCACAACUUCAACUCCAAAGAUCAAAUGUACUCAGAUGGCAAUUUCACUGAUGUCAGCGUUGUGGAAAUAGAAGCAAACAACAAAAAGCCUUGUCCAGAUGACCUGAAGUCCUUGGACCUGUUCAAGAAGGACAAAAUGAGUACAGAAGGGCACAGCAGUGGCAUCGGGGGGUCCUCGUGCAUGUCCUCCUCCAGGCCCAGCAUCUCCAGCAAUGAGGAGAACGAGUCUGCUCAGAGCACCGCCAGCACGGUGCAGUACUCCACGGUGGUGCACAGCGGCUACAGGCACCAGGUCCCGUCUGUGCAAGUGUUCUCAAGGUCUGAGUCCACCCAGCCCCUGCUAGACUCCGAGGAGCGGCCAGAAGACCUGCAGCUGGUUGAUAAUGUGGACAGCGGGGAUGAGAUCUUGCCCAGGCAACAGUAUUUCAAACAGAACUGCAGUCAGCCUGAAGCCAGUCCAGAUAUUUCACAUUUUGAAAGAUCAAACCAGGUUUCACCGGGCAGCGAGGAGGAUUUUGUCAGACUGAAACAGCAGCAGGUUUCAGAUCCCAUUUCACAGCCCUAUGGAUCCGAGCAACGGAGGCUGUUUCAGGAAAGUUCUGCAGCAGAUGCUCUUGGCACAGGGACUGAUGGACAGAUGGAGAGAUUUGAAUCUGCUGGAAUGGAGACAGCAAUCGAUGAAGAAAUUCCCAAAAGUUACUUGCCACAGACUGUAAGACAGGGCGGCUACAUGCCGCAGUGAAGGACUGGCUCCUGUACAACUUAAGCAGGACCUGCAGAGUAAAGCUAAAAUACGCGUGACUUCAGAUGAGAAAUAAUCUUCACUCCCUGAAGAUAAGCAUUGCCUUUAAGGACAGUCACAACUGGGCCACCCCAUCCCAGAGUGUCUGGGAUUCUCCUUCAAGCACUACAUGGACUGGCUUUACCCUCUGAAUAGCUGAGGACUCUGUGCUGUCUCAGGAUGUGUGCACUGCCGAAAACAAAGUGUGUCUGAGUUUAUAACAAUUUUGUUUUGCUACACAGAAAAUGGGAUUUCAGUGAGCUAUGGCGUCGGUCAUCUGUGCUGGUUCUGACGAGACUGGUCAUCGAGAUGCCAGGAGUGGAGGUCUAAACCCUCCUCAGCCCACAGCAUCGUUUAAAAGUGCCAUGGGGCAGACUCCAGAUUGUGUCAUAUAGCAAAAGAAAGGGUGGAGGGGGUGGUCCAUUUCUGGUUCCAUCAGUUAGAGAACAUUGGCCUGCUCCUUGCUGUUGGUAUUGAUGCUGCCAGUUAUUACUGAAGAAAGGAUGGACUUUAAAGACAAGCAAAAAAGAAGUGCCCAUUUUUCUUAUCUUUACCUAAAACCUCACCAAAAUCUGCUUAUUGUUGAUAAUGUCUUUCAGAGUCAAUUUCAUCAACCCUGUAGUGGACCAGGCUGGCCUCAAACUCACAGAGAUCUGUCUGCCUCUGCCUCUGGAGUACUGGGAUGAAAGGCAAUGCACCACCACCACUCAACUUCAGAAUUGCUGUUUUUAAAGACUUAAGUUGUUGACGUGUUUCUGAACACAUAUAUACACACUAGGGACAGAUGAUUCCAGAUGUUGGUUGAGGAAGCACUUUAUCUAGAAUGUCUUCAACUUUAAAUUACUUUAAAUAAUGACUCCACCUUGUUUUUAUUUACAAGAAUAGCAAGGUGUUUGCUGAAGGGUAGCACUCCCCAGAGCCUCAGGCCGAGUCCCAGAACAUCCACACAGAUGUCGGCAACCACCACACUGGCGGAAGUCCUCCUACAGAGCUGGCAAAGUCAUAAGGAUUUUGUUAGUUUGCUGGGUGGGGAUUGAACCCACAGCUUUGUACAUGCUAGACACUCACUCUGCCGCCGAGCUGAUCAUCUGCACAUCUCAUGUUGUCUAGGCUCAAGUGAUCCUCCUGUCCCAGCUUCCUGAGGGUCUGGGACACUUUGGGUGUGUGCUGCCGCACACCCAACCAGGUAUUUUUAAUAUCUGCCAUUUAUGAGUUAGAGUUUUACACACGAUUUAGGACUGUCUUAGACCUGUUCCUUCUAGUUGCUUUAUUAAGGAGUAGCCCAGGCAUCCAGGGCUCAGCACUAAAGCCAUUAAUGUAUCUGUGCCUAACUUUCCAGUGUGACAUGAAGGCAAGGACAUUGUAGACACUGGGUGGACAGGAAUUGGCUGAGUCCCAAUAGUGGCUGAUUACCACCAGGUGUGCCCACAGGAAAAGGAUUAAAGUCUCAGAACAUGGGCACUUAAAUCACUUAUAGUGGUUUCCACACAACGGCUGAGAAGGAGUUGCUAUGCACUUAGUUGAUGCAGUUGGAUGCAGUUUUACCUUUUACUCUCAGAAGGUUGUUUAUUCUACUUGCCGACGUGUUAUCAUUUAUAUUUUUAUACUGGGUAAUCCUUUCUGAGUUCUUUCACCUGAAUACUCCUCAUGAGACAGCACAUGCUUUGCUCUGGUAUAUUCAGUUGCCUUCUUGGCAAAACCAGCCUAGAAUUGCUAAAAUGGCGGAAGUGAAGGCAGAUGAUCAAAGUAGGCACAGGAAGGCCAGGUCAGGGUCAGACAGACCAGAAUUCACACUACAAGGCUGGCAUCGUCGCCAUUCAAGCUGGACAUCAAAGCCUGGUCCCAGACAGGACUGAGUUUUCUAUGUAUAUAUCUGCCAGGAAAUUAACACUCGCUAAAUUUCUCAUUUUCUCACAGUAAGCAGUCUAGUUAUGUGACUGUAUUCAUGUUUAGCUGUAACUUUCCUCAUAUCGAAUAGUGGUGCUGUGAACAUUGCAGUGUGACGUCUGUACUGGGGUGGGACAGUUACCCAGUGAGAGUUCAGGAGUGAACAUAGAGAAGGAAGAACCUCAUGGAAGCAAGUUUGCAUGUUAAAUCCCAUACAGGAAGUGUUCCAGUGAGCCAGGACCUCCGCCAGCAGAGAGGGUGUGUGUGCUCACGGCAUGAUCAUUCAUCCAGGAGAUGUAUAAUGAAGCACCUUUCUUUGCUCUGAGAGAGAAAAACAGUCUUAAAAUUCGUCUUAAAUACAGACUCUGCUUCAGCAUGUUUUAGAAUAAUCUGGAUGCAUGAAACUUGUAUUUUAGGUAGGCAGAGAAACUAAUCUGGCUUCUUUAUGUAAAACCAGUCUAAUAAAGCUAGUUCUGUACAUGUUCUCUUAUUCUUUCAUGUGUAAAAGUGUAGUUUAAGGCACAUGAGAAAACAGCCUGACUUGUGGCCAAAACUAGUUCACUGCUUCUAAUGCAGUUGCCUCUUUAGGAUUCAAGAAAAAGGACGGUUUGAUGCUGAGUUGCUAUUAGAAAACAGCUUGGAUCUCUUACUCAAACAUAAAAUCCUGGUCCUUUGAAAAGCAUGAGUACUCGGGGACACAGAGAAGCAGAAGUGGGAAAAGUGCAGCUCCUACCCCCUGCCCUGCCCCACCUCCACCCCCACCCCUCCACCCUGGUUCUGUCUCCAGUUCAUUCCAUUUCUGCCCAGUUCCUGAGCUGUGUUCAUCAGCUCAUCCAAGAUGUACGGGUUUUUGGGUUUUGGUAUUUUGGUUUUUCAAGACAAGGUUUCCUCUGGCUUUUCCUGUCCUGGAUCUGCCUGCCUGGUGUGCCACCACUGUCUGGUGAGACCAUAGUUCUUAUUGGGAACUUAAAGGGAUAAAGAGGCAGGAGGGCUUUUGAUUUUUUUUUCUCAACCCUAAUUUUAAUAACUGUUCUUAGUGCUUUAACCUCCCUUCUAGCCCAUCACCCACCAGAGGUAGUAGAAAAGAAAGGUUAUUAGGAUACUGGGACGCAGACCUGUUUAGAAAUUGUUCUUUGGAGCAAAUCCUGUCUGCAUUGUCAGGAAAUCAGCAGUUCAGUUCACAGGUCAGUAGUGGCAGCUCCAUCCACUCGCAAACACUUCAAGGAUACACCAGCAGUCCAGUUUGGUAGUGUUGGGGUAGCAGCAGCAGUAGCAUGGCCUAACAGGAAUGGCCAGGCCUCAACUUCAGCACAAGUCAGCAGGAAGAACCAGGAGAAGUUCUCAGCUGUGCCUCUCUCAGCAAAAAUGAAGAUAUGCAAGCAGGGGUCAGGUCUGAUCUCACCAUGUGUCUUGCCUCAAUGUGAGUCUGUAUCGGCUGACAUCACUCUGCCAAUCGUCUAUGUGCAAGAAGCAGCCAGAACACCACCAGAAGUUUUUUGAUGUGUUCUCUUCACAGAGCCCCAACAAAUGGAGGUCACACACAACAACACAUGUGAGGCAAACCAGUACAUGCGUGUCACAAGGAAUCCAUCACGUGUCCUUUCACAUGCUUGCUUUGGCAAAACAGCCUUUCACCUGUGUCCACUUCAUGGGACACUAUCAAAACGGUUAAAAGUAGGACUGCUAACGUACCAUUAGACAUCACAUACUAUUUUUAAAGCUGUCGGUUUUUUUUUUUUCUACCCACAUAAUUAGUAAACUGUGACAUAAAUUUAGGCCUAAUAAUCAUAGGAUUCCUUGGUGUUUGUUAUAGACAUAUAUUAACCAAGUAGAACAAGCCAGGAGACGUUAGCCUGCUACGUUCAUUCUACUGUUUCAUGGUACUGAGUUUCUUUUAAAAGCAAGUUCUGAACACAACUCCUGUCUAGUAAAGUUUUUAAUGAGAUGAGUAGAAUCAUUAAUCUGCAAAAACAAGUGUAAAGGUCAAUUAUUAAAAAUAACCUUGGGCUAGCUUCCAGCUCCAGAUACUACUGCUAGGUUACUUUCCCCAGGUAAGAUUACAUUUUAAAAAUGUGCCUUUCUCUGAGUUAGAAAACACGACAGCCAUCAAACAACAAACUGUAUAAAUAAUUCAUAGAACUUUCUCAAGCCAGAUGUACUAUCUCUCAGGUUCACGGUUGGUUUUCCUGUCACAUGCAGAUUAGCGUAUGCUCACUCCCUUAAAGAUAAAAAGGUGACAGCCGGCUCCAGGUGUUACUCAUUCUAUACUUUUGUAGGGCUUUUUUUUUUUUUCCGGCCUGUAAGCUCCCACAAACUGGUCGGUUGGUGUUUUGUUUUCAUUAACCAGUUGUCAACACUGGUGAGGGGUUGGGAUGAAAAUGCACCAGACUGGUUGGGUAGAGAUUCUUAGUCCUGUGUUCACCAGCUUAGUCCGGUAACUGCAAUCUGCAAAUGCUGUUACAUAAAUAGAACAAUGUGAUGUGUCAGAAAUAGGGAUGUUACAGAGGGUUUUGGAAACUCUGUAGCCUUAAUAUCUCAGUGUAAUAAACUCUAAAGCAAGUGCACUUCCCUAGCCUGGUGCGGCAGAAAGCAUUACCUGUGGCUCCUUCUUGGGUCUUUGCUCUUAGCUGUGUUCUGCAAGUUCUCUCUGCUGUGCCUACUGGUUUUGUACCCGCACCACCACCACGGUCGCCCAUGCAGCUUCACCUGGGAUGCUUGCGUGUGUGUUACCUCUGUAGCAAGUUGCAUGUGCUGAGAAUAACCAAAGCUAUCUGUCAUUUUUAUGUUGACGCUGUCAUACAUGUCUUACUAUUAUCAGCUCUAAUCUUUUCAAUAAAUUUGAGAAAGAAA